AUGUCGAGUCCUCAAAGCGAUAUCACCGCUGUGCGGAAAGGAACAAAAAGCUGCACAGAGUGCAGACGCCGUAAGGUUCGAUGCGUCCGAAUUUCCGAAGAUGCUAAGUCGUGUCGGCAAUGUGAAGAGCGAGGUUCAGCCUGUGUUGCGCAGUCUUCGACCAGACUGGGGUCCUCUCGAGCACGGUUCUCGUCUCGGAAAAGGAUUACACAGCUGGAAUUUCAAGUCACUCAGCUCACAAAAAUUGUCAACAGUCUCCAAGUCAAACUUGGAAGCAAACCGUCCCAGGUAAUAAACUCUAACACUGUUCAAGCUCCUGAUGCGGAAGAGUCCGAUGUCGACAGUAGCGGGUCGGAUUUCCCCAUGACAGAUCGUCCAUCCCAUCUGCGCUCACUCUUCCAGAAUGACUGGCUCAGUUUUGACACCACGCAAAACGAAAACAAAGCGCAAGGAAAAGUCUCCACGCACUUCUCGCGUCUCAUGAGGCCUCGACUGCAGAGUUUAAUCCCGCCAAAGGAUGAGGUGACUGAGAUUGCAGGGUCCUCAUAUGAUUGGCUGACCAUGUUACAUACCCUCCUACCGCAACCCUGCACAGUUGUCUCACAGCAAGAUCUCGUCGUCAGGUACGAGGAGAUGUGUAGUCCUGAUGUGAACAUCGUUACUUUGGCAUCGUGGCUCCUAGCGCUGGCGAUCACGGCCCAAACCAUUCCGCAAGAUACGGAAAAUCGUGAAGAUCAGCUCAGAAAAUGUCAGAAGCGGUCUGACCUUUGUCGAAGGAUUACAAACACCAUGGAGAGUACACUCUUGUGUCAUGAUCGAUUGCUCGCAACAGUAGAAGGACUUGGGAUGGCCGUACAUUUUGCCCGACUCCAUAUCGGUCUAGGAAACUUCCAGAAGUCGUGGUUGACAAUACGGCGGCUCAUCGCCAUUGCAGAGCUGAUGGGCUUGCCUCGAAAAUAUCAGUCAGUUCGGCUCGACAAGCUCAGCGAGACCGAUGACCAGCAUUCCUACCACAUGGCUCAACUUUGGCAAUUGCUAUGCAACGUUGAAAGACUGUCCGGAAUGAUUUUGAAUCUACCACCUGAUACUCGGCGUUACCAACCCUCACCCAGCCUACAGCUUAUCGUCGACGGCGUUGUUCAGCCUCAUGUGUAUGUCACGAAGCUGCUGGAUAUCGCUGUUCGAUUACAUGAGAUGGAUGAAACAAGUGCCAGUCAGGGACCCGCGCUCGAACUCCAUAUGACUGCUCUGGAGAUGGCUCGGGAUCUGGGCAACCUUGCUGCUCAGACGCCCAGCACCUGGUGGCUUGUUAACGAGGCAUCGCCGGUCAACGCCGCCCAAAUAGUGCAAUUCUUUCACUAUACAAUCUUGAUGCGAGUAUACCUUCCCAUGGCCUUGCGUCAAGAUUCGCGAGAGGAAUAUUUGUAUAGUCGGCUGCCCUGCAUGGACGCUUGCGCUGCUGUGGCAAGGCGCUAUAUUUUCAUCAGACGAAAACUGCCCCCAGGCAUGUUCGUCGGACAAGUAAUAGACUUGCAAGCUUUCGCAGCUACAGCGGUUCUCUUGCUCUUGUCCCUCAACACCUUUCCGACGGACCGGCGUAGUUUUCAUGUUGACACCAGUCAGAUUCACGGCGUGAUUGCCGAAGCAAUCAAGAUGAUCGGAGAGAGAUCCAAGGACCCCACGGGCUUUGAGUUUGCGGAACAAGCCUUUAAUACGUUGUGUGCCCUUAAUCAGCUUCUGCGACAGGAAGAAGACACUGCAUCUGAGCAGACACUGACCCUGCAAGUUCCUCUACUUGGGAGGCUGCAUAUCCGUCGGAAUGUGAAGUCCACCCAGAUGACUGCGUCCAACGCGAAAGCAUCGUCCCCAUUGGCUCCUUCUUCUCAAGCUCAGAGGCAAGAUGAUGUAUCCGCUGCUUUGCUACAGGGUCCGGUUGGCUAUCAGCUGGGUACUGCCAUGGACGGCGCAAGCGCCGUCCCAAAUGGAUGGCAAUGGAACGACUUUUCCUGGUCUAUUGAAGAUACCCAUGAGAGCCUAUUCCAUGAUGCUUUCAUGGGUGAUAGUUUAGAACAGGCUGCCUUGUGGUACAAUACACCCAAUGAUGCAUUUGCCACAUGGAAUCUGUUCUGA